AUGGCGCUCCGCAGCGCCACGCUCACGGGCCGGGCUCCCCUGAUGCUGUUGCUCCUCGGCGCGCUCGCGGCGCUCUGCGCAACGGGCGCCGCGCACGCAGACGGGCAGUGCGCUAGCAACCAUCCCACCAUCCAGCUCCGGACCCGCGAGCUGAUCGACGCGCAGCUCGCGACGUUCUCGCACGAAGAAAUCCACGGCGAGGAGGCAGCGAGCCGCCGGCGCCGCAUGCAGUCCUCGUCGCGGCCCUUCCGCAUCAAAGUCGAUUUCUCGAGAAUGGACGACGCCGGCGGCCUCACGCCCCAGGAAUCGGCGUACGUCAAGGAAGAGCUCCUGCCUGCCGCCGUCGCCACCAUCUCCGAGCUCGUGCAGACGCGGUUCCCGACGCCGCCGGGGCAGCCGUUCAAGCUCCCCCAGGGCUGCCUCGAGCGCGGCGUCGCGGGGUGCACGCGCUACGCGGACAUCUCGGACCCGCAGUACAACUGCUUCUUCGCACCUCACAACAUCGAGUACUUCGGCCCCAAGCGCGUGUGCGACACCGUGAGCUGCACGGAGUCCGCGGAGGGCCCGGGGGUCCUCGACGCGGACUUCAUCGUGUACGUCAGCGCCGAGGACGUGCUGUCGACGCCGUCGGGGCGCACGCGGAUCUGCCAGGAGUCGACGCUCGCGGUGGCGGCGCCGUGCAUCCUGGACGACGUCACGCUGCGGCCCCUCGCCGGCAACAUCAACCUCUGCAGCCUCGUCCUCCAGGGCAACAACGACCCGUCGCUGUUCGGCGCGCAGCUCGACGUGGUGGUGCACGAGCUGCUGCACGCGAUGGGCUUCACGUUCCAGCUGCUGGACCUGUUCAUCAACCCGGCGGACGGCCGAACGUACAAGGCGCGCGGGGAGAAGGUGAUCGAGGAGCGCCCGGGGCGGACGUUUGUCGUGACGCCCAACGUCAAGGCGGCGACGCAGCAGCAGCUGGCGUGCUCGACCGACGCGCUGCUGCCCGGCGGGCCGCUGGAGAACGACGGGACGGACUCGACGGCGGGCAGCCACUGGGAGACGCGGCUGCUCGUCAACGAGCUCAUGAACGGCGCCAACGACGGGCGCCGGCAAAUCCUCUCCCGGGCGACGUUGGCGCUCCUGAAGGACUCCGGGUGGUACGACACGGACCUCACGGGCCCACAGAACAUCGUCAUCGGGUACCGCGGCACCUGCUCGUUCGUGGCCGACAACUGCGACGACCUCCCGGGGUUCUGUUCCGACCGCGACGCCCGCGACCGGGCCUGGCUGUGCCACGACGACUACCAGACGUACGGCCGGUGCGGCGUGAUCGCGCUCGAGGACUCCUGCAACGAGGUCAUCUCCACGACCGAGGGCGAGUGCUACAACGACGAGUUCUUCGCUGCCAGCACCGACAACCGUCUGGCCUUCGAGGCGCUCCUGCAGUCCCGCGGGGCCUUCGCGCGGUGCGUCCCGAUGGUCGAGCCGUUCCGCUCGCGCUUCACGCUCUCCGACGGGCGCACCGCGGAGGCCACGGCGCGCCCCACGGGGUGUUUUAAGAUGACCUGCACCAAGUCCUCCCCCUCGGUCAUCGUCGAGGUCGACGGGCGGUCGGUCGAGUGCCCCGAGGGCCAGACCAUCGACUUCGGCGCCGACACGUCCUUCCCGUCGAUCACCACCGGCGUCCUGGGCCCGUGCCCCUCGGCACGUGCCGCGUGCCCGUCGUCGGGAUGCCCCAACGACUGCAGCGGGAACGGGGAGUGCCUCGCGACGGCGGACAACGGAGAGCAGUGCCAGUGCUUCAUCGGGUUCAGCGGGAGCGACUGCGGGACUCGCAUCUCGGUGGCCGCCGCGACGAUCGUGGCCACGCUGGCGGGGCCGCCGUCGGCCGGCUCGGGCGGCGGCGGGACGCGGACGGUGUCGAUGAUCGGGAUCAUCGUCGGGGCCGUCGGCGGCGUGCUCGUGCUCGCGGCGCUGGUGUUCGCCGUGCUGUACCUGCUGCGGCGGUCCAAGUUCGGGCCCGCGGCCGCGGGGGGGUAUGACAGUGGGUACCCCGGGAACACCCCCGUGCAGAUGCAGCCGGCCGUGGCGCUCAACGGCAACGCGAACAACGGGAACGUGGCGUGGGGGUACCCCUCGGCGCCCGCGCAGGCGUACCGCCCCCCGGGGGCCUCGAACACUGCGUCUGUCGGGUACAACAACAACACCCCCACGUACGGGACCGGGGGCGCGUGGGGCGGCGGGUACGGCCGCUAG